UCUCCUUCUUUUUGAAGAUAAAAAGAGAUACAAAAAUGACCCGUUCGCGAAUUUGGCUGAAACAUGUGACGAAAUCGUGAUGUAAGUUUUUUCGUCUGUCAGAUUCGGGCUUUCCAAACAAACCUAACAAUAAUGCAGUUAGAGUUUUUAAAAGUGUGAAGAACUUUUUUUACUCGUAGAACAUUCAAAUGGGAGAAAUGUUUAAUUCAUGGAAUUGUUGACAAUUGUUUUAUGCCAAGACUUUUCUGGGUAAUGAAUUAUUCUGAGAUUUAAUGCAUUGGACUUUGUGAGUCCUGUUGGUUCUUUUCGAAGUGUUCUAUGGGAGCAAUGGCCUCUACCACACUAGCCAAUGGUCAAGAACAAGCUAAAACUAGGCCUGUUUCUGAUUCUAGUUUUGAAGAAGUAAAAAUCCCAGUUCCAUGGGGCCAUAUUAGUGGAAAAUGGUGGGGACCCAAAUUAAGGCAGCCAAUAUUAGCUUUACAUGGUUGGCAAGAUAACAGUGGUACUUUCGAUACCCUUGCUCCCAUGUUGAGAGAUCGAGGAUUUUCUGUGUUUUGUAUUGAUCUACCCGGACAUGGAUUCUCUUCUCAUUUGUCACCUGGCCAGUUCUAUUACUUAUUUUGGGAUGGAGUUCAUUUCAUCAGGCGAAUAGUCAAGACUUUCAACUGGACAAAAAUUACUCUCAUGGGUCAUUCUCUUGGAGGGGCCAUCUCGUUCCUAUAUGCCGCCAUUUAUGAGGAAGAAGUAGACAGAUAUAUUUCAAUAGAUAUAGCCUCGCCCACUGUUUUUCACGUGGAAAUACUGAAAAAUUUGCAAGCGAAGGCCAUUGAUACUAUUUUUAAAUAUGAAAACUACGAUCCGAAGAAACAACCUAGAUAUGACUAUGACGAAAUGGUUGAUUUGGUUUUUGAAGCUCAUAAAGGUUCCCUGACUCGGAAAUCCGCGGAGAUUAUGCUCAGGAGGGGCAUGGUGCCAGACGAAGAAAAACCAAAUUGUUAUAGGCUAACCCGAGAUCCUCGGUUGAAAUUUUCACUCCUAGCAUCUUUCACAAGGGACCAAGUAUUAGAGUAUGCUUCAAGAACUAGGUGCAAAGUGUUGAAUAUCAGGGCGAUACCAGGAUAUCCUUUUGACCCAGUAUUAUACGACCAAGUUCUAAAGGCCAUCGACGAGAACGCACAGUUGACGAGAGUUAGGGUAGAAGGAACCCACCAUCUACAUCUCAAUAACCCAGAAAGUGUCGUGGAGCAUAUUUACAAUUUUUUAAAAUCUUAAUUUGAAAUGGAGUUAAAUAUUUAUCAAAUUUAUCCUGAAGAUUGUGAUAUAAGAAUAGAAUUCGAUGGUUCGCGGAACACAAGAAUUUGAAUUUGUAAGAACUUAACAGUUCUUACAUAUUUGAAAAUAAAAAUAUGAGAAAGAAAUGUAAGAUUACGACGUUAUUUGUUGUGGUUAUGGAUUUUUUAAUAAAAUUCACCAAAUGUGCACUUG